AUGCUUCUCACUCUCGAGACCUCACAUGCAAUCAAUCGGAGAUCCAUCUCUCCGGUGAAUCAUCUUGGUCUCGAGAUCUAUAAAUCGCGACCGUCGCGAUGUCUUCUCCCUCCAUCGUCUGAAUCUGUAACGCCAGAGAUUGGUCUAUGGCUUAAAGCCAUCGCUGCCGACUUCAGUGUGGUGACGAGGAAUCUAACAUCAACAUCUCUUAGCCCAAAACCAGACCCGCGUUUUCUAGAGCCAUGCGAGCCCUCUUCACCACCGAAGUUACCAUAUCCACCGGAUCCUCCCCCGGAUCCACCAGACCCUUCUCUUGUGGAGGUGCUUCGAUCUUCAUCUCUGCUCACCGAUAUGAUCCAAAAAAUCACCACUCCAUCGACCUUUUCCCUCACCUCCAUCCUCGACGGGAUUUAG